AUGGAUAAGGCGCCUGGAGGAUCCUCAUCUGUACCGAGGAGUCGGUUAUCUUGGGCGUCUUCCUCUCGUGAGGUUAGUCGGGAGGAGAAGGAGGUACAUGAGGAGGUACCUGAUGUUCACCUUGAGCACAACGAUGAUGGUCAGGACGAUGCUCAGGACGCACAGGAUGGUGGCUACCUGGGUGGACCUUCAGACACAUUCGUCUUGAUAUACUAUCAUGACCAUGCCGCUCGAUAUAUUUGGGAUAGUAAUGAACGAGCGCCCAUAAAAUUCGUGAACCAUUUGCAGAAAAUAUUUAAUCUGUUUAAACCACACGCUCAGUGGUUUAAUGAUGUUGUAGCUGGAUCCGAACUUAGUGGGUUAUGCAUGACCGAAUAUAGUACUAUUAGCCAUGGCAUGCAAGGGGCAUUUGCCGAAAUGUGGCCCAAGGAGACUCCGUCUUUCCACUUUCCUGUUGGGGAGUUGACGAUCACCCUCCAUGAUGUGGACUGUAUGCUCCACCUUCUGAUCAGAGAGAGGUUAUUAGACCAUUCCCAAAUACAGCGGGUUGAGGCCAUCGAGUGGAUGGUGGAUUAUCUUGGUAUGGACCCAUAUAUGGCCGAUUAUGAGUGCAGAGCGACAAAUGGGGCACAUAUCCAGUUCUCUAGCCGAAAAGAGCUUUAUGAGAACCAUUUGGUGGCGGCAUCGGAGUUCCAGGCAGAGGGUGAUGGUGUUUUUGUUGAGUACCAUCGAGCUUGCGUCUUGCGGUGUUGGCUUAUAUUUCUGGUUGGCACGUCCCUCUUUGUGGACCAAAGUACAACCUACAUGGACAUGACAUACCUCAAAUAUUUUAUUGAUCUAACUAUAUUUCUUUAG